UCCGUCCCCCCCACCUCGCGCGCGCUCCCGCGUGUUUUCGGACUGCACCAGCCGGAGCCCCGCGGCGCCGCGGCGGCGGGCGGAGGCGCCUCGUCUGUCGCCGCCCCCACUGGUGCCCGCGCUGCGGCGGUGGCUGGGGGCGCUAGGAGCGGGGCCCGCGCGCUCCGCACCUGCGGAGGCCGCUGGACGAUGAUGCCGGGACGCCGGCCCAGGCCGCGGGCGUUCUGAGCCUGAGCGCAUCGCCGGCCCCGGGGAUGCCCAUCGCGCCGCUGGCCCUGGCCAUGUCGUCGUCCUUCUUCAACCCCAGCUUCGCCUUCAGCUCCCACUUCGACCCGGACGGCGCUCCGCUCAGUGAGCUGUCCUGGUCAUCCUCCCUCGCCGUGGUGGCUGUAUCAUUCUCGGGGCUCUUCACUGUCAUCGUCCUCAUGCUGGCCUGCCUGUGCUGUAAGAAGGGCGGCAUUGGGUUCAAGGAGUUUGAGAAUGCGGAGGGGGAUGAGUAUGUGGCCGACUUCUCGGAGCAGGGCUCCCCGGCCACAGCUGCGCAGAACGGCCCCGAUGUGUACGUCCUACCCCUCACCGAAGUCUCCUUGCCCAUGGCCAAGCAGCCGGGUCGCUCAGUGCAACUUCUCAAGUCCACGGACCUGGGCCGGCACAGCCUCCUGUACCUAAAGGAGAUUGGCCACGGCUGGUUUGGGAAGGUGUUCUUGGGGGAGGUACACUCGGGCGUCAGAGGCUCACAGGUGGUGGUGAAGGAACUGAAGGCCAGCGCCAGCGUGCAGGAGCAGAUGCAGUUCCUGGAGGAGGCGCAGCCCUACAGGGCCCUGCAGCACAGCAACCUGCUCCAGUGCCUGGCCCAGUGCGCUGAGGUGACCCCCUACCUGCUGGUUAUGGAGUUCUGUCCUCUGGGGGACCUCAAAGGUUACCUACGGAGCUGUCGGGUGACAGAGUCCAUGGCGCCCGACCCCCUGACCUUGCAGCGCAUGGCGUGUGAGGUGGCGUGCGGCGUCUUGCACCUACAUCGUCACAACUACGUACACAGUGACCUGGCCCUGAGGAACUGCCUGCUAACGGCUGACCUGACGGUGAAGGUUGGCGACUAUGGCCUGUCACAUUGCAAAUACAGGGAAGACUACCUCGUGACUGCUGACCAGCUGUGGGUGCCGCUGCGCUGGAUUGCGCCUGAGCUGGUGGACGAGGUGCACGGCAACCUACUGGUGGUAGAUCAGACCAAGGCCAGCAAUGUGUGGUCCCUGGGAGUGACCAUCUGGGAGCUCUUCGAGUUGGGUGCCCAGCCCUAUCCCCAGCACUCGGACCGGCAGGUGCUGGCUUACGCCGUCCGAGAGCAGCAGCUUAAGUUGCCCAAGCCCCAGCUGCAGCUGACUCUAUCUGAUCGCUGGUACGAAGUCCUGCAAUUCUGCUGGCUGCAGCCAGAGCAGAGGCCCACAGCUGAAGAGAUCCACCUGCUGCUCUCCUACCUGUGCGCCAAGGGCACCACGGAGUUGGAGGAGGAGUUCGAGCGGCGCUGGCGUUCCCUGCGGCCCUGUGGCAGCGCAGGCCUGGGGUCAGGUUCCGCUGGCCCAGCGGCUGCUGCUGAACUCACUGCGGCCUCAUCUUUCCCACUGCUGGAGCAGUUCAUGGGUGACGGCUUCCACGUGGACAGCGAUGAUGUGCUGACAGUGACUGAGACGAGCCGCGGCCUCAACUUUGAAUACAAGUGGGAGGCUGGCGCCGAGGCAUUCCCGCCUGCGGGGGGCGUGUCUAGCCCGGACUCGGCGGCUCGCCUGCAGGAGCUUUGUGCGCCUGACAGCUCACCGCCUGGUGUGGUGCCCGUGCUCAGCGCCCACAGCCCCUCGGUGGGCAGUGAGUACUUCAUCCGCCUGGAGGGGGCAGAGCCUGCGGCCGGCCAUGAUCCGGACUGCGCCGGCUGUGUUCCCAGCCCGGAAGCUGUGACCGACCAGGACAAUAACUCGGAAGACAGCACCGCCACCUCUCUUGUCAUGGAGCCACUGCUGGGCCACGCACCCCCUACUGGGGGCCUGUGGGGCCCCUGUGACCACCAUUCACGCAGGAGGCAAGAGCCACCUUGCCCUUCACGCUCACCCUCUCCUGGGACCCCGAUGUUACCAGCUGAAGACAUAGACUGGGGUGUGGCCACCUUCUGCCCACCUUUCUUUGAUGACCCAUUGGGUGCAUCUCCCUGUGGGAGUCCUGAGGCCCGGCCAUCCCCCAGCGAUGAGGAGCUGGAGGAGGGGAAGGCAGGGAGAGCUGCUUACUGUGGACACUGGGGCUCUAACAUGUCAGCCAACAAUAACAGUGGUGGCCGAGACCCAGAAUCCUGGGACCCUGGCUAUGUGAGCAGCUUCACAGACAGCUACAGGGAUGACUGCUCCAGCCUAGAGCAGACCCCACGGGCCUCCCCUGAGCCGGGCCACCCCCUGUCCCAGGAGGGUCCCAGAGAAUCUCUGCCUGAACUAGUAGCAGCCGCCCCUGGUCAGGAGCGAAGCCGCUGCUUCAGCCUGCUCCCUCUGUGUCCUGCCAAGGGCCUGGCACCUGCUGCCUGCCUGGCCACACGCCCCUGGACAGAGGCAGCUGUAGGAGGGGGUGACGACCCCCGGGUGGAACCCAAACUUGUCCAGGAGGCCGAGGGCUCUCCUGAGUCCCAGCUAGCCCAUCCUUCUGUCCCCUCCCCAUCCCAUGAAGGAGCCUCACUUCCCUUGGAGGAGGCAAGCGCUCCCGACAUCCUGCCUGCCUCUCCUACACCCGCUGCUGGCGGCGGCAGCUGGGUCACUGGCCCUAAGCCGGUCCUAGCUCUGGACAGCUGUGGCAGUUCUGAGACUAUGUCAGGAGUCUUCACUGACCUGUCCAGUGAUGGCCCUCACGCUGAGAAGCCAGGCACAGCACCAGCCGUGCGCUGUCUGCAGAAGCAGGUGCAGACCCCCGACUCCCUGGACUCCCUGGACAUCCCGUCCUCAGCCAGUGAUGGUGGCUGUGAGGUCUUGAGCCCGUCAGCUGCUGGCCGCCCUGCUGGGCAGCCCCGUGCCAUGGACAGUGGCUAUGAAACAGAGAACUAUGAGUCCCCAGAGUUUGUGCUCAAAGAGGCCCAUGAGUCAAACGAGCCUGAGGCCUUCGGGGAGCCAGCCUCAGAGGGUGAGAGCCCGGGGCCCGAGAUUUUGCCCUCUGACUCCCUUGGUGGCCUCAGCAAGAAGAACCCCUAUCGAGACUCUGCCUACUUCUCGGACCUGGAUGCUGAGUCUGAACCCACCUUUGGCCCUGAGAAGUGCCCUGGGGUCCAGGCCUCCCAAAAGGAGAAAGACCUGAAGAGCCCACCUAGUUCAGGGCAUCAGUCUGUGCAGGCUUUUCCGGGGCCUGAGGGGCCCAGGGAGGCCCCAGACACCAGCCCCAGGGAGGUGUUAUCCCCACCACAGCAGCCAGAGGAGCCCUUGCCAGAUGGCCCCAGGCCAGAGCCUGUGCCCGGCCCUAGUCAUUCCAAAUGUUUCCUGUCGACCUCAGUCCCGCUGAGCUCAGAAGGCAAUGGCAUGGAGUCCCAGGGCCCCUCAGGACAGUUGUCAGAGCCAGCCCAGCCCGGGCGGAUGGGGAGCCCCUCCACACCCAGAUCCCCACUCUGCCUGGCCCUGCCUGGCCACCCUGGGGCUUUGGAGGGCCGGCCAGAGGACGAAGAGGACAGUGAGGACAGCGACGAAUCUGACGAGGAGCUUCGAUGCUACAGCAUCCAGGAGCCCAGUGAGGACAGUGAAGAGGAGCCACCAGCGGUGCCUGUGGUAGUGGCCGAGAGCCAGAGUGCCCGAAAUCUGCGCAGCUUGCUGAAGAUGCCCAGCCUUCUGUCCGAGGCCUUCUGCGAGGACCUGGAACGCAAGAAGAAGGCGGUGUCCUUCUUUGACGAUGUCACGGUCUACCUCUUUGACCAGGAGAGCCCCACCCGAGAGACUGGGGAGCCCUUCCCCAGCACCAAGGAACCACUCCCCGCGUCCCUGGAGGGUAGCCCCGGCUCACCCAGUGCCCAUGGCCUGCCUCGGCGGGCUGACCACUUGCCCGACAGCUCUACUCCUGAACAGGGCGGUAGGUUCCAGUGGGAUGACGAUCUUCUGCUGGUGCCCGGCAAGGACGCUCUGGUGACUGCUGGCACUGUCCUGGCCACGCCUACUACCCCAGCUGCUCCCCUCUCACGGUUCACCGUAUCCCCCACACCUGCCUCCCGAUUCUCCAUCACUCACGUGUCCGACUCAGAGGCCCAGUCAGUGGGAGGCCCGGCAGCAAGUGCUGGGGACCGAUACACAGAGGCUUGAGACCCAGGUAGCUCCACCCUUCGGAGGCUGGUGUUGUCCCUGGAGCCCCUGCCACCCAAUCCAGGCAGCAGCAAGGAUGGCAACUGGACAUGAACCGGGACCAUCGGCAUCCCACAGGAUCCUGGAGAAGCAGGCGGACAGGAGGCCUGAAUCUAGCCCUGGACGUGUUGGGCCGUGUGUCUGUGCUGGCUCAUGGUAGAAUGUGUUCUGGGUGGACACCGGGGUUUGCUGCUAGCCCCUGGACAGACCUGUAGCCCCAGGGCCUGUGGGUGUCCACACUCAAGAAGGGCCCUCUGACCCCUAGGUGGCUUCCCACUCCUGGACAGACACCCCACACCCUGCAGCCACGCUCCCUAUAUGGCUGGCUGUUGGUGGUGGAUUGUCCUCAGGCCAGGACCAUGCGGUCCAAGGACCUGCAUGCCCUGCUGGCUACAUUCUGCCUUGUGUUCAGAGCACACUUGGCCAGGUUUCAAGAUGGCUUUAAGCCUGCAGGUCCCUUUUGGGUCCCCCAUUCCCUUCUCACCUGGGUCUAGGUUUGCUCUGAACAAGGUUGGACCCUGGCCUCCAAGCUCUUAUCUCAGAGCCUGUGUCCAGCCUCCCUUCUCCACAGGGUCUGUCUGGAUUGUUCUGGCCUAGGUCCUACUGUGUAGCGGAGGCUUCCGGACUGCAGCCGGACUGACUGACUGCCCAGGGUAGUGUGGGCAGCUCUCCCUCGAAGAGCAGUGCUCUGCCCCUUACUCUGGCUAGAGGAGAAUAGAAUGAACUCUACAGCCACUGUGUGGGCUCCUGCCUGCAGGCGGGGCUGGGAGAGCACAGGGCUCGGGGUGGGCUGUACAGGGAAUAUUUUUGUAACAUGCUGGAGUGAAUGGAAAUGGGUGAUUCUAAGUUAUUGUUGCCAAAGACAUGUAAAGUAUAUUGUUGCUUUGGGGGUGGGGCGAUGUUUUUUGUUUCGUUCCGUUUUUAGUUUGAGGAUAGGAUGCUGGUGCAAUGGUGUUCUUGUUCCUUGUUUUUUAAGAGAAACCAAGCUAAGAAGAAA